AUGGUUCUGAAAGCACCUGUUAAGAAUGAAAAUAGACUAUCGAUCAAGAAGUUUGUUAAUGAACAUACUUGUGGGCGGUACGGGCAAAAUACAGGUCGUUCAAGGGCAUCCCGUAAAUUCAUUGCAACACAGUUACAACCACUCCUGAAGGUCCGUUCAGAAAUCCGACCCGUUGAUGUGCAAAAGGAGUUCCUCACAAACUACGGCCUUAGAAUUGAUUACACUAAGAUAUGGUGGGGGAAAGAGAGAGCACAGGAGAAGCUUUACGGGGAUAUAUAUGAGUCGAAUGAUCAACUACGAUGGUAUGACCGCAUGGUAAAAGAGACAAAUCCCAACAGUUACAUACAUGUUGACCAGAAUGAGGGGAGGUUUUCGAGACUCUUUGUUUGUUAUGCUGCAUGCAUCAAAGGUUUCUUGAGUGGAUGCAGACCCCUUCUAUUUUUGGAUGGUACAUUUUUGAAGGAUCGAUAUAAAGGUAUUCUCCUCUCGGCCAUAGCAUACGAUGGGAACCAAGGUAUAUUUCCCUUAGCGUAUUGCAUAUGUGAUCAAGAGAAUUUGAUGAAUUGGAAGUGGUUCCUCCAAUGUCUAUGGUCCAUACUUUAUGAGAGGGCUGACCCUUACAAUCCUCCCCACCAAUUGGUUAUAAUUUCUGAUGCGGACAAAGGAAUUAAAGAAUCAGUAAAAGAGUAUUUUCCAGAAGCUCUACACUCGAGGUAUGGGCACGUAACAUCUAAUGUCGCUGAGUCUUUUAAUAAUUGGAUAAGGGAAGCUAGAAUGCUACGGAUUCUACAAAUGGUUGAGCAUAUCCAUAAAUGGGUUGGAUAUCUCUGUCCACAAGCAGAGAUAGUGCUUAAAGAAAAUAUAGAGAAAGGUCGUUCAUUGGAUGUUAAGCAAGCUGCAGCUGACAUAUUUGAAGUGCAAGCACAUAAAACUACCCGUGUUGAUUUUGUUAAAUUCUAUAUCAGAGCUGUUAACUAUAUCAGAGUUGAUAACAUGUAUGGGCACGUAACAUCUAAUGUCGCUGAGUCUUUUAAUAAUUGGAUAAGGGAAGCUAGAAUGCUACGGAUUCUGCAAAUGGUUGAGCAUAUCCGUAAACAGAUAAUGGUUCGAAUGAGUAAUCGCCGGUUACUUGCAGAUAAAUGGGUUGGAUAUCUCUGUCCACAAGCAGAGAUGGUGCUUAAAGAAAAUAUAGAGAAAGGUCGUCCAUUGGAUGUUAAGCAAGCUGCAGCUGACAUAUUUGAAGUGCAAGCACAUAAAACUACCCGUGUUGAUUUGGAGAAGAAGACAUGCACUUGCCGUGCUUGGGACGUCAUGCGGAUUCCGUGUAAACAUGCAUGUGCAGUCAUCUCGUACAUGAAGAGAGACAUUUACCAAUAUUGCGAUUGGUUUAUGUCCAUAGACGCAUUUAAAAAGAGCUAUGACCCGAUUCUCUAUCCUAUACCAGAUUAUGAGAAACGAAGCGUGCCAAGGGAUGAGAUCGAGCUACUUCCACCACAUACUAUCAAAAGAAAGGGGAGAAAUAAAACACGACGUAUUAACAAUCGAACAAUGUACAAACGAUCUUUGAAAUGCUCUCGAUGCCACUCCGAAGGCCACAACCGCGCAUCUUGCAAUGAACCGAUCGCCGAUUGA